AUGAAAGGCAAGGUGGAGGUCCACGGUGUCCCCAGAUAUUCUUUGCCAAUGAAUGAAGAUAUCCACACCCCCUCCCAGCCCGCCCCUCCAGCCCCAGGCAGCCGCAGCGCGCUGAGCCCCCAGCGGGGCGGCGCGGCCCGAGGCCCCUCCCCGCCGCCGAAGCCCGGGCGACUGACGCUGAGCGGCGGCCGGGAGCCGAGGGGGCCGGGCGGGUGCGAGCGAGGGCAGGGCAGGGGGCCGGCCGAGGCCAGUCGCCGCUUUAAAUAUGGAUCGCGGGCUCGCGCUCGCCGUAGCGCUUCGGCCGCCCAACCCAUCCCCGAGCCCGGCGGCGGCUGCAGCGUCGGUUCUCGGCAGGCACACGGCGAGCCGGGCGCACACGCGGGAGCUGCGGGAGGCAGAGUAGAGUGGAGCCGCCCCGUUGUCGCCGCUCCCUCCCCGAGGCCGGCACCUCCGCUCCGCGUCGCCGCUCCGUCCUCGCCGGGCCGACCCUCCCCUCCCGCGGCUGCCCUUGCCCCUCGCUCGCCUCCCCGGGCGCAGCGCGCACCCACCCACCCGGCGCCAAAGUUGCGACUGCUGCCCCGCGCGCGCUGCGAGCGGCGGCCGCGCCAACUUCCCAGCCCACGCCGCCCGGGUCCCCGCGGUCCCCCGCCUCCAGCCCCGGCGGCGCGCGGGGCAGAGCUUAGGUGGCGGCGGCGGCAGCCGAGGUGGCGGCGAAAGCGGCAGCGGCGGCGGCGGCGGCGGCCGCUGCAGCCUCACACUCAGUCGUCAAGCUGGAGGAGCGACGGAAGCCCGACCCCAGGAGGUGAGUGGCCAGAGCGGUGGCGGGCUGGGUCGGCCACGUCCUCAAGCCUCUCCCGCUCGGUGGGCACUGGGUGGCGGGCGCGGGCCCCGGGGUUGGUCCCGCCGGGCGCUCUGACGGCCUCGGCGCGGACAGGGAGGGACACUCAGAGAGAGAAAGAGGGAGAGGGAGAGAGAGAGGUCAGUGGUGGGCCGGGCAUCCCCGGGGCUGGACGCCCGCGAAGUGUAGACGUUGCUGCUGUUGCUGCGGAAAAAGUACUUUUUAUUCCGUCUUAG